AUGAGUGGUUACCCAAGGCGCAACAAUCACGAUGGCUCUGAUACCUACAUCGUGAACCACCAGCUUGCCUUACCUGUUCCAUACAGUCACGGGGACAGUCACGACUUUGGGGUAAAUGAUACAGGAUCGUAUCCUUUCCAGCAGCAACCAUUCAGUACUUAUGCGUCACAUUUUGGUUCACCCUACAGUCAUUCUGGCAUCACAUCCAGCACCCACCAUCUGUCACCACAUCAGUCACCGGGCCAUUCGGUCCCGUCAACUCCAGAUCAUGUACCUCUUCAGCAUCAUAUCCAGUAUAUGCCUCAGUCACGUUACCUCCAGUCACCAGGGUUUCUCCCACUUCGUGAUGCAUUCAGCGAAGCAGAUAUUGAAAGCCAGGAUUCGCAGAAUGAGAGUUCCAUGCUAUCAGAGCCAGUCAUUCCUCCACUGGACGGCUUUCCUAAUGUAAGGGAGUUUGAUCAGUUGAUGAAAAGCUAUGUCGACGACCUUUCCGUCAAAAAGCAGGAUAAGGCUUUAAUCCACGCCAAAAGAGCACGGAACAUCAAGACUGUACUGAUGGACCCCAAAGACACGGCUGUGGAAUCAGCCCAAUUCCGAUUCUGGGUAAAGAAAAUGUUCAAGCUCCAAACAGUCGGCACCGGCACAUCAGAUUGCACGAAAAUGAUUUGCCAUGAGGGAAAACCAGUGGCUAUUCGAGAGAAACUUUUCAAAAUACUCACUAGAGCACAUCAACAAUGCCAACACGGAGGCAGAGACAAAACAUCAGCUCGAGUUAGACAAAUCUAUUCAUGGGUUCCAAAGGAGCUUAUUUCACGCUUUGUCAAGAUAUGUCCGACCUGCCAAGUGCGUCGAGGAGGCCCGCGCUUGACACCUCCUAGUUCAAGGAGAAGCUCACCUCGCCUAGAGGUACUAUCCCGUUCACCAAAGCUACCAUCACCGCCUAUGUCAAGACGUGAUUCAACCUUGAAUGGACAGCUUGUCCUGGAGAGACCGCAGUCGGACUACUUUACCCAACUUAGCAGCCAUGGCACUUGGCUAGACAGCCAACGAUCUCUACAGGAGAGGCAGGCCAUCAGUGCAGGCCAUGUGCGAUCCUUCAAUGGGGGAACGAUGGGCCAUCUGCCAGGUACACUCCCAGGCACCCUAGAUUCGUUUCAUGGAGAUAUGCCAGUAUCGUCAUCCCAAGUUAGCUACAAUGCGGGCUAUCCUUCCACGCACGGGCCGUCCAGUCAUAGGGACUACUAG